ACCCGGAAGGCGGUGGUUGCCGGUGUCGGAGGUCGCAGGACCGCCUGCUCUGAUACCACUUGUAACGCUCUACUUAUACUUUGCUGUAUUAAUGGAACUUGAAAGCAAAAAGGAUAAUAUUUUUAGGGAAGAAGGCAGCUAUUUCAUUGAAUAAGAUUGAAUCUUACAAACAAGGUGGCUUGAGGCCACGACUCUCUACUAGCACCUUUAGGGCACAAUGCUCUACACUCUAAGUUUACCAAUCACCAGCUACCUAGCACACUCCCACUCCCCUUUUACUUAUAUGUACACAAUCAGCCAAAAAAAGAAAGAGGACAAAAAGUUGCAGCUGUCAUUCUUAAAGAGGCUCUGCCAGCAAUCCUUAACUUGGUUGAUUUGGUGGCUCCUCUGCUGGGCCUUGCAGCUGCUGCCCUUUCUUCCUUCUGCGCUCAUAGGUGAUCCAAUCCUUGUUGUGCUCGCUAUCCACGGCAUUCGUUGCAGUAUAUGGGAUUUGAAGACCUUUACUUCUUGAGCCUUGCUGUUUUGGAACUAAAUUUGUCGAUGCUUUGUAGAAGACUUAAUGGAGGGAACAAAGGUGGGUGUAUAAUUGUUGAUUCAACUCGAAAAGGGAAGCGAUUUCCUGAUAGCAUGUCAAAGACGAUACCUGUUUGGUCAUGUGUAUUAAAUCGUGUUAUUCAACGGUACAAAAACAUGAUACAUGAAAAUUUCUCUGCUGCAAAUGAAGAAAAGCCUAAAGAAAAUUCAACUGAUUGGGAUUGUCACUUGCAUCUACCUCUAUGGGUUCCUAAGACAGAGAAGGCUUCUAUUGAAAAUCGCCUUGAUGACUUUACUGCACUGUUGGAAGAGAGUGGUGCUGAUAUUGCUUCACUUGCAGCAUCCUUAAGAAAACCUCUACGCCCCUUAUGGAUCUCCCAAAAAUCUGUUAUAUGGUUAAAUGAAGUCCCUGAUCAUGAUUCCUGGGAUUUCACACCUCUAAUACUUGUUUCCGGAUCCUCCUCGAAUGGCUUUCUUCCACAAAGGACAAGCUCUGAGUUCAGUUGGAACUAUAUUCCUGGUGCAGGAGAUGAUGAAGAAAGUUGGGCUAGGGGUUUAACUCCUGACCUUUUCUGGAAUCAUGUAUAUGACCUCAUAAACUGCGGGCCUGAUUUGUGUAACAAGAAAGUUUCUGAAAUAGUCGAAAAGGAUAGAGUAUAUCGGGCACAACGAGGACAAGACGCUCCUCAGAUUUUGGUGAAGUCUCAAAAGUCUUUAGAGACCAAUGGACAUCACGAGUUUCCAUUGCACUCAGAGUUUGAAAGUAUAAAAGUUGGCGUAAGUCCUUCCACCAAAAGGGAUUCUUCAAUAUGUUGGCUAGGAUUGACAAAUAUCUCUGUGAGCACAACUCAACUUGCUGCGACUAAACCAGAUGUUGACAGUAUACUGAAUUGUGGCAAUGAGCUUCUCAAUGUUGACCAUUCAUAUGCUUAUUUGCAUCUGCCUAUAGUGAGCUCAAAGUUGGACCGAUUUUCGCUGUUAAAUAAUCUUCCUUCAGCAAUGAAGUUUGCUAGGUCAACCUUACUCCAAGCAAAAUCUCUUUUAGUGUGUUGCCCUGAUGGAGAAGACAUCAGUGUAUGUGUUUGCCUAGCAAUCUUAAUCUCAUUAUUCACUGAAGACGGAUCCUUUGACGAUGGGAAGUCUUUUAAAGAGACAGAGAUUUCUAAAUUGGAAAUGAGGCGACGACUUGUAUUUAUGUGCAAGUUUUCUACAAAUGCAAGGCCAUCCAGAGGGAAUUUAAGACAGGUCUUUUGUUUCCUUAACACUUUGUUUGGAUAGGAAGAAAUGGAAUGAAAAGAAGAGAAGAGAAAUGGAGGGGGACAAAAUCUCUUGUUUGGGUAAAAGAUUGGGGGAAUGAAGGGGAAGGAGAGGGAGGGAUCUAUUUUCCCUCUCUCUAUAACAACCAUAAUCUCUCCAAAAUUGGAGAGAUUUGGAGGGAAAAUGGAGCUCACCUCCCCCUCCUUUUCUUUUCCCUUCCCUUCCUCCAUUCUCCCUCCCCUUCUUUUCUUUCCUUCUUUGCUAUCCAAACAAACCGUAAGGCUGUGUUUGGAUAACAAAAAAUGGAAGGAAAGAAAGGGAAGGGAAAGGAAGGGAGACAAAGUUCCUUGUUUGGAUAAUAUGUUGGGGGAGGGAAGGGGAGGGGGAGGGAGGGAUCCAUUUUCCCUCCUCCUUUAAUAAAGACCAUCCCUUCAAAAUUAGAGAGAUUUGGAGGGAAAAUGGAGCUCAUCAUUUCCUCCACUUUCCUUUCCUUCCCCUUCCUCCUAUUUCCCUCCCUUCCAUUUCCCUUCUAAUUUCUUAUCCAAACAUAGCAUAAAAGUGGAACAUCAUAUUCUUAGAGCAAAUUUCUGUAAUGAAUAAUCUUCAGUAGUUUUAAUACGUAUUUGUUGUAUCAAGACAUCGAUCUUUCUAUUGCGAUAGUUAUACAGAAUAAAAAGAGGGAGACACAAGACACUUUGAUAUACUGCUGACUAGCUAAUCUUUCUUAUUAUGCCAUUCACUUGCAUAUUUUAAUUGAAACAUUUUUUGUACCACCUUGACUAAGUUUAUUGAUCACAAGUUGGG